GCCAUGAUCGACAUCUACCUCUAUCUCAUCCUCUCUAUCAAUUCAUGAAAUCAUGCCGCGCAUGAGACUGCGGUACUGGCAUUAAGGAAGAGAGAGAGAGAGAGAGAGAGAGAGAGAGAGAGAGAGAGAGAGAGAGAGAGAGAGAGAGAGAGAGAGCUGUCUCUUAUACACAUCUAGAUGUGUAUAAGAGACAGGAGGAGGGAGGAGGGAGGAGGGAGGAGGGAGGAGGGAGGUGGGAGUAGGGAGGAGGAGGCAAUAAAUUUAGUAGAUAUGAUGUUUUUUCCCCCUUCUCCCAAUUCUGCGCCGGCAGAAGGUUGUGCUCACACGUCGUCGGGGUCGGCGGUAAUGAUGGCUUCAUCGGCUGUUGACGACUCGUCCGCAGUCCGCGUAGCUGUACGCGCCCGGCCGUUGAUUGCCAAGGAGAUCAUGGAGAAAUGUAAGGAGUGUGUUACUUUCUUUCCCACUGAGAACCAGGUUUUGAUUGGUAAAGAUAGACGAUUCACCUUCGACCACGUCUUCGGCCCUGACAACACUCAAGAAACUGUCUACGUGGCUUGCGUUAAGCCGCUGGUAGAAAGCUGCAUGGCAGGGUAUAAUGCUACUGUUCUCGCAUAUGGACAGACAGGGUCUGGGAAAACUCAUACAAUGGGGAGCGGGAACAACACUGCUGUCUUAGAGGAAGAGCUUGGCAUCCUUCCGAGGGUGAUUCGACAGCUGUUUGAGAGUGUUGAAGAGAAAAAGGCGCAGGCAGAAUUCCUUGUUAGAUGUGCAUUUGUGGAGAUAUACAACGAGGAUAUCAAGGACUUGCUACAUCCAGAUACUCCAAAUAAGUCGAUAGCGAUUCGGGAGGAUGCAAAUGGAGACAUCAUUCUCGCUGGAGUCCGAGAUGUGGUGGUAACAAACUAUGACGACAUGAUCCGUCAGAACAGACCGGCGCGGGCAUAUAGUGCUCGUGCGCUCGGCUGUGGAUGGAGGAGUGGCCUGGGAGCUUUCUUGGCCCUGAGCGCUACGCCGCAGUGGUUUAUAUGGGAUUUCGCGCAUGCCGGUUUCAGGCUUGGGCUUAGCCCUAUGGGUUACGACAUUGGACUUGUGAAACGGAGGUGCAGGGAUCAUGGCCAGCAGGCAGCAGCAUAGGGGCGGUGCGGCAAUGAAGGGGUUGAAGGGUU